CGGCGCGAUUCUGUUGGAGAAAAAGGUUUGGGUUUUUAAUCCUUGUGUGGUCGAAAAAAAGUGUAUAAACCAAUACACCGUUCUUACAGUUUGAUAGAGAACCUGCUGUUUGAUCGCUGAGAAACUCCUGCUGAAGCACACUGUUAUAAAGAUGGCGUUUAUUAAAGUCGAGAGUGAAGAGAUGAAGAUAGAAGAAACUUUUACUGUCAAACAAGAAGAUCCUGAGGAACAACAAACAGAGAUGGUGUUUAUUAAAACAGACCUGAUGGUACUGAAAGAGGAGAGUCAAGAACUAAAUGAAAUGGAAGAGAAAAACUUCACGACUGGUGAAGAAUCAUUUAGUUACUCACAGACUGAUAAAACAGAAACUAUGAACCUUAAUGCCCACAUGAGAAUUAACACUGGAGAGAAACUUUACACCUGUGAACAAUGUGGAAAGAGUUUCAGUCUAAAAGACAGCCUUAGAGCCCACUUGAAAAUCCACACUGGAGUGAAGCCUUACUCCUGCAAACUGUGUGGAAAGAGUUUCUUACUAAAAGGAAAUCUAAAGGCUCACAUGCAAGUUCACACUGGAGAGAAACCAUUCAUAUGCUCUCAGUGUGGAAAGAGUUUUACACGGAAGAAAAUCCUUACAGACCACAUGAGAAUUCAUACUAGAGAGAAACCUUACAACUGCAAACCGUGUGGGAAGAGCUUCAGACGAAAAGAUAAUCUUAAGAGUCACAUGAGAGUUCACACUGGAGAGAAGCCGUUCAUCUGCUCUGAGUGUGGAAAGAGUUUUACUCAGAAAAGAGAUCUUAAUGCCCACAUGACAAAUCACGCUGGAGAAAAGCCUUACUCCUGCAAACUGUGUGGGAAGGGCUUCAGGCGAAAAGAAAAUCUUAAUAAUCACAUGAGAGUUCACACUGGAGAGAAGCCGUUUGUCUGCUCUCAGUGUGGAAAGAGUUUCAGUCAGAAAAGAGAUCUUAAUGCCCACAUGACAAAUCACGCUGGAGAAAAGCCUUACUCUUGCAAACUGUGUGGAAAAGGCUUCAGGCGAAAAGAAAAUCUUAAUAAUCACAUGAGAGUUCACACUGGAGAGAAGCCAUUCAUCUGCUCUCAGUGUGGAAAGAGUUUUAGUCAGAAAAGAGAUCUUAAUGCCCACAUGACAAAUCACGCUGGAGAAAAUCCUUACUCCUGCAAACUGUGUGGAAAAGGCUUCAGGCGAAAAGAAAAUCUUAAGAAUCACAUGAGAGUUCACACUGGAGAGAAGCCAUUCAUCUGCUCUCAGUGUGGAAAGAGUUUUAGUCAGAAAAGAAAUCUUAAUGCCCACAUGACAAAUCACACUGGAGAAAAGCCUUACUCCUGCAAACUGUGUGGGAAGGGCUUCAGGCGAAAAGAAAAUCUUAAGAAUCACAUGACAAAUCACACUGGAGAAAAGCCUUACUCCUGCAAUCUGAGUGAGAAGAGCUUCAUGCAAAAAGAACAUUUUAAAGGUGCCAUAGAAUGCAUUGAUACAAUAUUUUAAAUUGUUCUCUGAUAUCUACAUAGAAGGUAUGUGGCUUAGGUAAGGGCAAAAAUUCUCCAGAAACGGUUUUACAUGUCCAUUUACAACCCUAGGAUUUCUCCCUAGAAUGAAAUGGUCUGUUAUUACCUUAUUUGGAAGGGUCAUGAAUAAUAAUGUUGAGCUCUGCUCUGAUUGGCUGUUUCACAGUGCAGCUAAUAGUUGAGCUCUGCUCUGAUUGGCUGUUUUACAGUGCAGGGCAUUUCAGUAGCUCGCAUAUCAGGAAGGAAACACAGGGAAAAUUUAUAUUUCAAUACUUUCUCGCGCAGUUACAUCGUUGGGUAAUUAUACUGGAUAUAAAAUGCGGGCAUCAGGGAGCCGCUAUUAAAGGUAUAGUUAUUCCAAAAAUGAAAAUUG